AUGUUGAGGUUGAGGAGCAAUUCAUUUGUUGGUGAGUUCCCUCAUGCUUCCCAAAAUAAAUCAUUGACACUUCGCGAGCUGGAUAUCUCAUGCAACCUUCUUGAGGGACCAUUGCCCUCAACCAUAAAUGUUUUUCUUCCAAACCUUUAUGCAUUCAAUGCGUCUUCAAACCAAUUCGCUGGCACCAUUCCCCCUUCAUUUGGAGAAAUGCAAAAGCUAGAACACUUGGACUUAUCCAACAAUCGCUUUUCGGGAGUCAUUCCAAAUGGUCUAACCAAAAACUCCCCAUUUUGGUACUUAAAUCUGUCAAACAAUAGCUUAGGGGGUGAGUUGCUUCCAAAAGAUUGCAAAAUGACGGAAUUGAAGUGGCUGCAGCUUCACCAUAAUCACUUUGUUGGGAAUAUGCCCGGUUGCUUGUCAAACAGCUUGUCUUUGUUCCUGCUGGAUGUCAGGCACAACAACCUAUCAGGAAUAAUUUCAGAUGAAAAGAUAGCUUUCGCUGAAUUAGGAGCACUUCUUUUAGGAGUGAAUAGAUUUGGAGGGUCCAUUCCACGGCAAUUGUGUCGAAAGCAAAAGUUGCACUUGUUAGAUCUGUCCAAUAAUAAUUUCUCAGGAUCCAUUCCUUCUUGCCUUAGUAAUAACUUAUCCUGGAGAGAGAAGUUUGAAGAAAACUCUUGGGUUCCCAUUGAUUUUACCACCAAGGGUAACUCAUAUUCUUACCGAGGCAUCCCACUUACUUUGAUGACGGGGAUUGAUCUUUCGGGUAACCAACUGACAGAUACCAUCCCAGUCCAACUUGGAGAACUGCUUGAACUUAUGUCUUUGAACUUGUCGCACAAUCUUUUGACUGGCCAUUUACCAGCUUCCUUCCAAAAUCUCACCAAUUUGGACAGCUUAGACCUCUCCCACAACAAGUUAACAGGGCAUAUACCUUCAGAGAUUGGACAGUUGAGUUCUCUUGGAACUUUUAGUGUUGCCUAUAAUGAUCUAUCAGGCAGGAUCCCAUUUGAACUCCAUCUUUCGACAUUCUCUUAUAGCAGCUACAUCGGCAAUCCUAAGCUCUGUGGAGAACCAUUAUCGAAGGAAUGCUCAGAUGAUUACACCCAUGACAAUGAAGAUGAUGAAAAAGAAGGUGGACUCAUCAACGAACCAUUGUUCUUCUAUUCAUUUAUCUUCAUUGCAUAUGCUUUUGGGUUUUGGAGUGUCAUUGCACCUCUUUGCCUCAGCAAAAACUGGAGAAGAAAGUAUUACGCUACAAUAGAUAGAUGGACGAGUUGCUGUUUUCAGAAGUGGUGA